AAAAAAAACAAAAGCACAAACAAAAUUGGCGGCCAUUGUUUUGGUUUUGUAAAAGCCGAACAAAUUAUUUGUGUUUUUAUCGGUAAUCAUCUAGAUUACAGUGCAUAAAACCUUUGAUAUUUUGUGAGGAAAUUUUCCUAAAUAACUAAUAAUGUCUAUCGGUGUGCCUAUUAAAGUACUUCAUGAGGCAGAAGGCCAUGUAGUAACCUGUGAAACAAAUACCGGGGAAGUCUACCGCGGAAAGCUGAUAGAAGCCGAAGAUAACAUGAACUGCCAGAUGAUGCAGGUCACAGUGACUUACCGAGACGGCCGCGUCGCCCAGCUCGAGAAUGUUUACAUUCGGGGCUCCAAGAUCCGCUUCCUCAUAUUACCAGACAUGUUAAAGAAUGCUCCUAUGUUCAAACGACAAGGGAAUAAACCGACCGCAGGACGCGGUAAAAGUGCUAUAUUACGUGCACAAGUGGCGGGCCGGGGCCGGGCGGGCGGGCGCGGCGGCGGGCACCGCGGCGGCUGGCAGGGCGGCUCGGGGCCCUCGCGACGCUAGGAACGAGCCGCCCCACACCUCCCCUAGUAUAAGGCCCACUUCUCAAACACGACCAGCCGCUCACUUACUGAGCCAGUACAGAUACCUAAAGUAUGUAUUAAGUCAUUAUUUUAUUUUUAAUAUCACUCAAUCAGUGAAAGUAUCCAGUGUGAUAUUCAAUUAUCAUCUUUUUAGCUGUUAGGGAAUACUAUGUUUAAUUUAUAGGCUUGUAAGUGAGUCUAUGGCAUUGUAUAAAAUUGUGAUAAGAAAAGAAUGUGUGUAUGGUGAGUGACACAAUAAAUAAUUGUCUUCAACAGACCAA